UUUACACUGUAACACUUUGCUGGACCUCCCAGUCCAUUUGUUUUAAGUCAUUUGUUUUAAAUGUGAAACGUGUAAAAGGUGCUGUCCUUAACACAAACUAUAAUUUCAUUCACCAAGAGAUUUAUAUGAUACUUGUACACUGUACGACGUUUAACAAAGUUGAAUUUCCAAUAUGGUAGGAGAGGUUGUUGUUGUUGAACGGGUUGUUGUCAUGUCCCCGCAGUGCCUGUAGUGGUGCUGUGAGGAGUCUGCUGUGGCUCCAACAAAUAUCCUCAGCAGCCUACCUACUGCUUGUAAUUUGCUUUGGAUAGCCUAUAUUUACAUCCAUCCUUAUUUCAUGAUAAACCAAGCUCGAUGAAGACCACCGUUACCUUCCUAUCUGGAGCAUCGAUGUACAAAUAGCCUAGCUGAUUCUAAUAGACAUUUCGGCCGUCUAUCUGGAGCGAAUACCCAAAAGCCCAUACCAAUUCAAGCUGAUGUUGUCAAGGACAAGAGUCACGUGAUGUAUGAAGGCAAACACAUACACUUCUCAGAGGUGGACAAUAAGCCGUUGUGCUCAUAUAGUCCUAAGCUGUGCAAACAGCGCAGACUAAAUGGAUAUGCGUUCUGUAUCCGGCACGUUCUGGAGGACAAGACAGCUCCCUUCAAGCAGUGUGAAUAUGUGGCAAAGUAUAACAGCCAGCGAUGUACCAACCCCAUCCCCAAGUCUGAGGACCGCAGAUACUGUAACAGUCACCUGCAGGUUCUUGGCUUCAUCCCCAAGAAGGAGCGGAAAAAGAAGCAUGAUGCUUUAGAGGAAAUGCGCCCUCGGGCUCAUCUGGAGUCAGUGGCGCUCAAUAUAACUGUUCCUUCUCUGGCUCUGAAAGCUCCUAAUGGUAUAAAUGAACUUCCACCAUCUCCCCCCUGUACACGCCUGUUACCCCUCCCCGACGGGGAACUCCUGGACCCUUUUGCCUUCUAUGAGGAUGAUACAGAUGGGGAGGAUGUCGGCACUCCUCGGAAGGGCAACACCAUCAAGAAGAAACUACAAAGUCGGCUGGUCCUGAACCAGAAACUUUGCAACGACACGGAACUCUUCCAGCCACCUCGUGAGCACUUUACACCCUCUCCUAUUCCCCGUGUCCACCCAUCGUCACCACUCAACACUCAUCUCCCGCGGCAGCAGCCAGGUCUUUUCCAGCAGCCUCAGCACUCCUCUUCCUUCACCUUCCCAGGACAGCAGCAGGGUUUAUUAUGCAAUCCACCACCACCUCAGACGGUCAACUUUCUGCCUCCAGGGAUGCCUGUGAAUGCAGCGCCCAGUCCAGGGCAACAUUCUGGACCAUCACUCAGCAGGAAAAUGCCUUUCGCUGCUACUCAAUUGCCUGUCAGUAGCAAAGACAGUAGCAGUAACAAUCAGCGGCAUGUGGUCGUAAUGCAUCCCACAGCCUUCUCACCUUCUGCCAGCUGCUUGGCCAGGUUGCAACACCUUGUGCAGCUCUGUGCCAAGAGACAUCGGGAGCAUGGAGCCCUCUUCCCUCAUCUAGGUUUGGACUGGUCAGAGGACAGUGCUGAUGAUGAUGAAGAGGAGGAGGCAGAAAGAUUUUCUCCUUUUCAGAGUUCAUGGAGACCACAUAAUGGGCUGGAAGAUGACGGUGGUUCCUCACGGAGAACACGACUACUUAGAAUUUGCUCAUACCUCCAGGACAAAUACAAGCACAUGUGCAGGCAGGAGAGGGCGAGUAUCCGCCAGAAGAGAUACCGUUAUGCCUUCCGCAAAGCCUUGAUGCACGCUGCCAACAACAACCCUGACUGUGCAGGGCAGCUGAUCCAGGAGCUGAGCAGCAGUUCCUCAUGUGCGGCUCCAGCAAGGCCGCAGAGCACAGAUCCGGGGAUGUGCACUGGCAGCACAAAGGGCCAAGCCUGCAACAACAGAGCUCUGCCCUUCACUCGACACUGCUUUCAGCACAUUCUGUUGAAUCGUUCCCAGCAGCUUUUUGCUAGCUGCACAGCCAAAUUUGCAGACGGUCAGCAGUGCUCCAUCCCCGUGUUUGAUAUCACGCACCAGACACCCCUCUGUGAAGAGCAUGCCAAAAAAAUGGAUAAUUUCCUGCGUGGGGAUGGAAACCGACGAGUGCAGCACCAGCAGCAACAGCGGAAGCCACGUAAAAAGACCAAACCGCCGGCGCUCACCAAAAAACACAAGAAGAAGAGGAGGAGAGGGCCGCGAAGGCCUCAGAAACCCAUCCCUCCAGCGCUGCCGCAGGGGAACCUGGGAAUGCCCUCUACAAGCCUAACGAUGCCCUCACAGGCCAGCAUCAGGAGCCCUUCAACUCCAGACCUGAGUACUGAGGAGCUUCCUGAUGACAUAACCAAUGACAUGGCAGACAUUCCAAAUGACCUCGAGCUAAACCAUGAGGAUUUCUCUGAUGUGUUACCAAGACUACCUGAUGACCUGCAGGACUUUGACUUAUUUGAAGGCAAGAAUGGGGAGCUUCUGCCCACCACAGAGGAGGCUGAGGAGUUGGUACGUGCAUUGCAGGCUAUGGGAUCCUACCCAGAUUCGUUGGUGUGCCUGACCUCCAUAGGAGAACUGGCCCCUGCUGAAGGAGUGGACCACAGAACCAUGACUGGGUUUCCUGGACAAGUCCAGGCAGGGGGCAUGGGGGACCUGCUCAACAGCCGCAUCCCUACAGAGAACUUCACCAGCCUAGAGUUGGAGGACAAUCUACUGCAGUCAAGUGGGGAUCACUUUCCUCCCUCUCCACCAUCACAGUCUGCCAACCAGCCCCCAGCAUCGUGCUCCAACCUGACCUCAUCUUCUUCUGCAGUAGCCCCCUCCACCACCUCCUUGCUCACUCAGACCUCCAUAACAGAGCAAACGUUUUCUCGGACACACGUGCCGCACGUUUUGGCAAAGUCAGAUGCCCCCACAUCAUCUCCCCAAGGCAGCCACUACAGCAGUGAGCAUGUCCCAUCCCCAUAUAGUGACCAUAUAUCUUCUCCCCAUGCCAGCUCCUACCAAACAGACACCCCUCUUCUGCUGGAAGUCCCUCUCAGUGGAGUACCCGGCCCCCCACGCUCAACAUGGAACAACCUUCCUCUCCCCCUAGCUGACCCCACACAGUUUGGCAAUCUCAUAAGAUCAGAAAGUCAUCUCAUAUCAACAUCCCUGUCCACUCCCCCCGCCACCACCCACUCUGUGACGCUGCAGCCGAUGGCUGCUCUCUCAGCCAUGCCCCAGAGCGCAAUGACUGGUUUAACAACACCUCCUGUCCCCUCAUCCUCACUACCAGCCUCGUCACACGAUUUGUUGACCUCCACACAGCCCAAGCAACAGCUCCCUCAGUUCAGCGCGGCCUUCGGCCAUCAACUGGCCUCCCACAGUGGCAUCCCGAAAGACGUGCAGCCCAGCCAUAGCUCCACAGCGCCCCCUGCAGGCUUCUCCAUAGUUAGUGCCACUGCUGCAAGUGCCAACAGCGCCACACCGCCCUUCACGCAAAGUAAAUGAGAGCAGGUGGCGUGCAGCGGCAGCAUGACAGUCUGUGGAUUCACAGUUACUUAGAAUCCAGUAAGCUGGCUUCUGACAAACCACCCCUGUUCAUCUGCUACACGUGUGCAAUGUGGUAAAAGUGCACUAUUUGAUAAUGAAAUUUGCACAAGCUCGGGUUUUCCUCAAUAUUCCCCCUCAGUUGCUUUUUCCUUCUGUAGCCAGGCGGUGUCUGAGAUUUAAAGUCAGUGUGAGUCCACAUGUUUGAUGCCUUGUGGUUUUGUCAGCAGGAGGUUGCAGUCAGAUGUUGCAAUGAAAUAAACGGGUGAAAAUUGGCGAAAGGACCUUAGCAGAGAUUAUCUGUAACAGUUCUCAGAAUUCAUAGAAGCCUCAAUCAGUGAUCAGCUUUGAUUGCUUUACCAGUUUAAGUCCUGUCUUAAAAAUGAUCAGCUGUACCCUGCCUUGCUCACAUGGCCAUUGCGACCCCCACCUCUCCCUGUUUAAUACGCUGUCACCCUCUGGAAAAUAAGAGUGCACAUUGUGACAUAUUUGUGACCCAUUAUGUUUCAAGCUAUUUAACUGUUAUCAUGAUAUAGAAUCUUAGACUUCACAAAUGGAAUUUAUCAAAAUACUUUUAAACAGUUGUUUUAUAUAUUGUGUAUAUUGUAUAUGUGCUCAUUUAUUGGUUUGCUCAGACGUUAAAAUCUCUGACCUCACCAUUGGUUGUGGCACUCUGAGUGGCCUAGUAGACACUUGAAGGUAAGUCUAGUUCUUAAAGCAAUAAACACAUUAACAUAACUAGCAUUGUGAGGUAUUUUUAUUGGUGUCAUUACUUGUAGCUUCACUUACUGAAACCAGCUGGAUCAUUUCUUUGGCCUCUAUGACUGAAAAACUCCAGAUUUUUACAACAGUUUCACUUAGGCCAACUUCUCUCACGAGUGGACUUUUAAGGCUACUAAACAAGCUUCAGUGUUAUGGUGAGGACAGUGUUGUAGUUCAGGGACUUUUAAGUGUCUACUCUCAAAGGUGCUCUCUGGUCCACAUAUACAAUGGUCUUUAGUGGCUUGCAUGUCUCAGAAAAUGAAAAUUCAGUUACAGACCACCUAGAUAAAGCUAAGGCAAUGGAUGGGGGAUAUAUAUAAAUAUAUAUAAAUAUAUAUAUAUAAAUAUAGCUCAUGAGCUAUGUGUACCAUGAUGGUAUGAACUAGUGUAUUUUGCACGUCUGAAGUAAAGCACUGUCUGUUUUACUCACUUAUAAAGUGAUUUUUUAAGCUACAUGAUGCAAACCUAGGGUCUGGUUGUAGUUUUAGGAAAAAGGAGCCCCUUCCUGACUCACACAGCGGUAUAACCAUGGUUUUUUGAUAGACAUUAUAUUAGACAGAUUAUCAGACAUUGUUGAAUAUUUGGUAUAUAGAAUAGAAGUCUAUCUUGGGGUUUGUUGUUGAAUUAUUGAGUAGCAAUGGAUUGAAAUUGUUAUUUGAAAAGUAUUCAGUGGAACCCGUGUCUUGUGGAAUGAAUCUUUAAUGGCUAUCAAAAGUGGUUGCUCAUUGUUGAAGGGAUCAAUGUUUGUUUUGUGUGCUGUCGUUUUGUCUUUAACAAUAUUCUUUUGGAGAAUAUUUUUGAUAGCUAUUAAACAUCAGGAAGAAGUCUGAGAUGGUGCAGCAACCAUUUGUGUAAGAGCAUAUAAUAAAAUAAUGGUGACUGGUGUGAUUGUUGUUGGUAUCAAACAUUGGAUUAUAUGCAUCAUCAGUCAGAUAAACAUGCUAUUUCUACAUAGAUUUGCACAGGAGUGGAUGAGACCGGUGGUAUUUCACAUGCCCCAUGCCUGAAUACCCCCCCCCCCCCCCCCCCCUCUUUUUUUUUUUUUUCCUUGGACGCUCACAUGAACAGCUGCCAUCAUUAACAGCUCUGAGCCUGCACCAGACCCCCUGACUCCAGCUGUGAAAAGGCCCAGUUCUGUCUCUCUUCUUUCCAAAGAGAAAACAGUCUAAAGUGUAAACCUGUAGCUCCACUAGAGACCACUGGGCUUUUCAGUGACUGCAGCCUUGUCGCUAAUAAAACACAGUAAAUAGAAAAAGAGGAAAAAAAAAAGUUUGAAAGUGUCAGUUUGAAAAUAAGGUAACACUGCUGUAACCACAUAGCAUGAGAUUAGUCGCUGCACCAGUUUGCUCUCCUGACAACCACGUAGAACAAAACUUACAGGGCUCGUAGGCACAUGUAACUGCUUGAAUUCAGAGAUGGCUGACAAAUUCCUGUACUCAUUGAAUGUACUGUAUUACUGUUUUUAAAGAUAGGAUGAGCUAAUCUAGUCACCUUUUGUUAUUGGUCCUUGUUUGAUUUGUCUAAGGUAUUUUUUGUAUACAAAAGUUUACAUUUUUAUGUAUAUUUUUCUUGUGUACAAAUUAUGUAAUAUGUGUACAAACACUGUAUGUAAUAUCUGUAUAUAGUGUGAGAAAUUUGAUCUUUUGUUUUUGGAUGUAUAAAUAAAAAUUGCUGUGAGGUA